UAUCCAAGUUUUGAGAACCCCUAUCCAAUGGACAUUGCCGUUUCACCAGUUACAGCCUGUUAUUACGUCGUGGAAUGUCCAGCCGACCUUGUGCCUGCUUUCUACUCAGUAGGUAGUCGGGGAAAACGAGCCGCUGCAGCCGGAAAGCCAAGCAAUCAGGAGAGCGUAGGUGACAAUCAGGCAUCGGGAUCAGGUUGUGAUUCCUUUUCAACUAGAAAGUGGCCAAUUGAUGGAGGUGAAUGGGGAACGAACUUGUGCUCAUACCAAGAACUCAUCAUCACAGGACAUGCUGACGGCUCAGUGCGUUUCUGGGAUGCUUCUGGAGGAUUAAUUUUUGUCCUUGAAUCGGCUCACUCACUUCUCCUUAUGAAUCCUUUCGUCCAUACGAGAUAG